AUGGCAAAACUCCGCUCCCUCAGCAUCCUCCUCAUCCUCCUGGUCCCCACGCAUGCCACCAGGUCACCCGACUGUGGGGGCAUCCUGGCCCCGUCGGGGAUCAGCUACCUGGCCGAAGUUUCGAAGCCGCAUGCUGAGAUGGUGCUCAGACAGGAUCUGAUGGCCCCGGCAGCCCCAGACCUGUUCCUCGGCUCCCCACAGCCCAGCAGGAACCAGGUCACCGCAGUCAGCGUGGCCCAACUGUCCCUGUCGCUGGUUCCCGACACGGGGCUGCGGCUCAGCAUCGACGUGGACCUGAGCGUCGCAACCGCCCCCUCGAGCUCCAAGGUGCUGCGGUUGAACAUCCUGGCCGACUUCCACGUGGAGAUGAACCCUGAGGGGAACCUGGAGCUGGUGUCCUCCAUCUGCAAGCCCAGCGUGGAGGAGGCGCGGAGCAGUGAGGAGGUGGACAGCAAAUCCUACAGUUCAGCCGUGGAGAAGGAGAUCAACGUGGAUAAGAUCUGCCUGGAAGUCUCCAAACUGCUGCUGUUUCCAAACCAACAGCUGAUGUCUCUGAGUGCCCAGUUCCCGGUGACACCGAACUGCCAGCUCCAGUACCUGCCCCUGGCCGCCCCCAUCUUCUCGGAGCAGGGCAUCACCGUGUCCUUGCAGACAACUUUCCAGGUGGCGGGCAUGGCCAUCCCCCUGCCCAGCAGCCCCGUGCCCUUCAGCAUGCCCGAAACGGCGCGCUCCAGCCCUGCCCACCUCACCUUGGCUUUCUCCGAGCACUUCUACACCAACCUCUUCUUUGCCCUGGAGAUAUCGGGAGCCUUCAACAUGACCAUCCUGAGCCCGCUGACCACAGCCACCAUGGCACAGAAGGUCACCCAGAUGGGGUCCCUGUUCCAGGAGGACGUCCCGGUGGUGCUGCAGGCUGUCUUCAGGAGCGCCUCGCGGGUGGCGCUGGAGGAGGGCAAGGCCCACCUGAAGCUCUUCCUCACCAUCCACAUCGGGGCAGGCUCGGCGGCUUUCCAGAGCUUCCUGAGCGUCAACGCGGACCUGUCCGCAGGGCUGCUCCUCAGCGUGGUGGACACAAGGAUGGUGAUCUCCGCAGCAGCCAUCGAGGACGUCAAGCUCAGCCUGGCUGCCUCUGACGUGGGUCCCGUGUCGGCCGAGGUGCUGGAGGAGCUGCUGCUGCCCACCAUCCGCCAGGAGGUGCCCGCCCAGAUCAACGAGGUGCUGAGCGCAGGGGUGCUCCUGCCGCACCUCUCCAGCUUCACCUACACCGACGUCAAUGUCGUCAUCCACAAGGAUUACGUCUUGGUCCCCUGCAACCUGGAGCUCCAGGCGAGGAUGGGAGGGCAGAGCUCCCUGGGCUGA